AUGGUUACCUCUCCUUCGAAUAUCCAACCUUCUUACCAUUCUCGCUCAAACAGCUUGCCUUCAAGGGAACACCCCAUCACUUCACAAAUUGAUGAGAAUCUGAACCGAUUGAGGGCAUCUAAAUCGGCCUCUACAUCAUCAUCAAUCGGCCAUAAACUAAAUGGUCUUCAAGAUUUGCAUGAAUAUGUUGAUACGUUGCUUCAGUUGCCACUCACUCAACAAGCUCUAGCCCAAAAGCAGCAAUGGCAAUGGGUUGAAGAACUUUUGGAUGCAUCUCUCAUGCUCUUGGAUGCAUGUAGCACUGCCAAGGAUGCCUUGUUGCAAACCAAGGAGGGCACACAAGAACUUCAAUCAAUUUUUCGCAGAAGACGAGACGUUGAAGGGCUUGUUGAUGAGGUUAGGAAAUACUUAACCUCCAGGAAGGCGGUGAAAAAGGCAGUCUGUAAGGCCUUAAAGAAUUUGAAGCGCAUGGAAAAUAAACUUAGCAGCUGUUCCUUCAGCAAGGAUGGUGAAAAUGUAGCUGUGGUCAGCAUCUUAAAAGAAGUAGAAGCAGUUACCAUAAGCGUGCUCAAAUCCUUCUUGUCCUUUAUUUCAGGGCCAGAAACAGAAUCAAAGUUGAGCCGCUGGUCACUAGUUUCCAAAUUAAUGCACCAGAAAAGAGUAAUCUGUGAGGAAGAAGAACAAAAAACAAAUGAAAUUGCAAAUGCUGAAGCUGCAAUGCGUUCCUUCAUCAAAUCUGCAAACAUGAAGCACGUUGAGAAAGUGCAAAAUGAGCUCCAAAGCUCAGAGUUAUGCAUUCAAGAUCUUGAAGAAGGGCUUGAAAGUCUCUGUAGGCGUUCGAUCAAUGCCAGAGUCACUGUCCAUUACUUUGCCUCAAAACAAAUUGACCUUGUGGUUGCUCUAAAAGAUUUAAUAGAGGAAAAACAGAGCACUAUCAGAUUGCUAUAUAUGUAA